ACUUCGAUGGCAUCAUGACGGCGCAUGUAUAGAUGCGCAUAGUUAAUAUCAUUAUAAAAAUCAGGGCCAGUGCGCCUACGAAAGGGAAGAAUGGAAUGGUGCUUGUAUUCAUCUUCUGCGCGCAAAUAUGUCUUUCAGCAACUUGCGCAUUGUGCGUUCUUCCGCAGUCUGGUUAUUGCCCUUCGCCUGCUGCUGGUGGACUUCUUUUGCGCAUUCGGGGCAUCGAUCUGGCGCGCACAAUUUCUUUUCCUCUUGGGCUGUUGCAUUACCCAGUCUGGCCUUCGGCAUCUUGAACUUCCUCCUCUUUCUCUCGCCGCCUUUCCUCUCAACGAUGACGGAGGUGGUCUUCGGUUCGUACGGUGCGGUCGGUGGCGGGGCUGGGCUCAAGAGGUCGGUCGACAUCUGCGUCACCAGGGGUGAAGUGGUCUGCACGCUGUUCUGUGACGACGACAGUGACGGUGACAGGAUGGGCGGGAGGAUAUCAGACGGUAUUGGUCUGACUGAUGUGCUUCGACGUCGUGAAGUAAACGACAUGGCGUUGAUGCUUAAUGGCGACGGAGAUGGGGCGGAGGGCAGAGUGUCGGUGCGGAUAGGUCUGCCUGUCGUGCUUCGGCUCAUGGCGUCUGCGCCGCCUCUUCUCCCUGCUCACGACGGCGACGACGGCUAUCUGCGGCGGCGGCGGCGGCGGCCCUGGCUUCUUCGCGGGAGAUGCGCUGUUCCUCCUCGAAUGCGGCGCGGGCGAGCUCGGUGGCUUCGCGGCUGUUGGCGAUGGCUGAGGGCUCCUUGACGAAGAUGCCAAGCAAGAAGGUGGCGAUGAUGCUGAUAACUGUAAUGUAGAAGAACGUUGUAGAGU